GAGGCUUGCCUCCAGGCCCACUGUUGAGUACUGGAGGUCUGCUGCUGUCGGUGCCAUCUGGGCACAUGUACGCUCCCAGAUGUCCACUCUGUAAUUAGAGCCAGACCCGGCUCGGCCCGGUCCAGCCCAGAUCCAACCCCUCAUUUACCGAGGCACUCCCUGAAUACUUAAGGAGCUUUCCAGCUCCACACGGGCCCUAAGAGGGAGACUCUUUGGCUCCGCAAACAACGGAUAUCAGGGGGGGGGAAAGACUGGAAAACUAAAAGUGUCCAGAAUGUCAAUCGCCCAGGCAGCGGCCAAGGCCAUGUUAUCAGAUGCCCUGCUGCAGGACAGCUCUGGGAUAUACAGGAUCAACCACCUGGAACUGGAGCUUCCUCUGGACAAGGUCAUCAAGUAUGUGUCUGUGGGCCUCCCACUGAUGCUGGUCUGCAUGGCCUUCGCCCGCGAGAUCUCCCUGGGGCCUCAAAUCAGCUGCUUCCCUCCCAGCAAUUUCACAGUCAAGCAGGCCGGCUAUGUCGACACGUACUGCUGGGAUUCUCUGAUGCACCACGAGUUUGACGGCGACGGGAACUUUGAGGAGCGCUCGCUCUGGGUGCACAAAAUGUUUCCUUACUCUCUUUUGGCCAUGGCCAUCCUGAUGUACCUGCCGGCUCUCAUCUGGCGCCAGCUUGUCACGCCCACACUGGGCUCAGACCUCCUCUUCAUAAUAGAUGAACUCGACAAGUCUUACAACCGAUCGGUCCGACUGGCCCAAAGCAUUCUGGACAUGCAGCAGAAUACAAAAAACCCGCUCACAUUUCAGGCCGAGCUUCAAAGAGCCAAGCGGAAGAGAUACUUUGAGUACCCCCUACUGGAGAGAUACAUGCAGUGCAAGCAAAAGUCUUACUUCCUCGUCAGCAUGCUGUUUUUGCGGGGCUUCCUCCUCCUGACCUUUAUGACCUCUGCCUGCCUGUAUCUUGCCUACUUCCACCUUUCGGCCUUGCUGCAGGAUGAGUUUAACUGCUUUGUUCGUACAGGCAUGCUGCGGGAUCAGAACUGGAUUCCUGAACUGGUUCAGUGCAAGAUGAUUGGGCAGCUGGUCUUUCAGGUGAUAAGUGUGGUCAACGGAGCGAUCUACCUCCUGCUGGGACCCAUCGUCCUUUUUAGCAUUAUUCGACUCUUUGUUUGGGACACUAGCUUCAUCUCCGUGUAUGAGGUCCUCCCGGCCCUGGACCUCAUCAACCGCCGAAGACUAGGCUGCCCACUGAACGACCUCAACGUCCUCUUGCUGUUUUUGCGUGCCAAUGUAGCUCACCUGAAGUCCUACGGGCAGGUGAGAGCUCUGUGCUCCCUUGCGCCGCCACAAGUGGGCAACGCAACAGCUGGGCAGGGCUUGAACGCAAUGCUGACCCAAGAAGAAAUAGAGGAACGCGAAGAAGCGGCGAUGGAGCUCGCGGAAGAAAUAGGGGAGGCCAAGGAGGAAGGAAAGCUCAACUUGGUGGACAUCAUGACUAUUCUGGGAGCGGCUCAGGGACGAGUGGUGAACUGCAGUGAGAAGAAGCCCCUAAUGGAAGAAAAUUUGAGCCUGGGUACCACAACACUUAUCUAUACACUCAAACGCAUACUACUAGCGUCCAUUUUCACUUUCAUCAUCUGGGACGUGCAGAAAAUCAUUAAGUAAUCUCCAUAAUGCUACUGCUGCUUACAUGCUGCUUUUCAUGUUGUUGUGUAAGGAGAUUAAACGUAGGCGAGAGCAGCUCAAACUGUAGACAAUUAACUCAAAAUGAAUGGUUUCUGUAUUUUUUUUUUUUUAAUCUCCGUUGCCUUUCUGUGUAAAACAGAAAGAGCUGUAGUAUUUCUUUAACAUGCAGAAGACAUGGAUUUGUGGUACUUCUUUGCCCUAACUGACCUCUCUGUUUCUUUACAGAGCCAAACCACCAGGGGUACCAUGAGUUGAAGGAGACUGCACCAUUUAGUCAGUACUAGACCUUCAAUGGACUCAAUCAAUGUGAUAGCGAUGGGGGAGUGGGAGGGAGGUUUAAGAGGUUUGGGAGAAGAGAGGGUUGGACACCAGUUGGGCCUCAGCACUCUAGGAAAAAAAAAAAAAAGCCUCCUUUAGAAUUUCAGGUCAAAUAGUUCUGACUGGAAAUGUCAAUGGGAUAUGGAUUUGUCAGGUUUUAGCUUCUGGGCAUGUGUAGCUGCCACAGAUCUUUCUUCUGUCUUUCAGCAGAGACCUUAAUGUAUUUUUAAAAAGUGUCAAAGGAAAGUUUGUGUGAAAAAAAAAAAAGUGGUUCUUGUAAUUAUGUUGCCAGGAUGUCACUUGUCAGGAGAAAACACUUGUGAAGAGCUCAAGCUUUCUGCUUAGUCAGUAUUUAUUUGAUGUCAAGAGACAAAACGCGUGUUAAGUGGAAACUGCUGUAUGAUUGUGGUGUUUGAUUUUAGUUCAUUUUCUGUGACAUCCACUGUAACAUUUAUUAAGUAUUACUUAUACUCCGUGUUAUGCACUUGCUUUUCUGUGACAGCUUGCUUUUAUAACCUUUCUGUUAUUUUCUUUUCACUUCAACAUCAAAUAAAGUUCUUGGUAUCUGUAAUUUUUUAAAAAUAUAUAAACAUAAAGAAAUUAGUGUAAUUUUUAUUUUAUUUUUUUUUUUUACUAAUGUUGUCAAUCAACCGAUAUGAAAUGUCACACUGCCUAAAUCUAACAGUGUG